CAAGCGCCGUUGUACCGGCGACGUCGUCAAUGUUCACGAGCUUCCAUUAAAAAGGACAUUUUGAAAUCAAACGUUCCUAGACACUCCGGAGCCGCUAGGGUUUCUGCUUUUCUUCGGCAGCGUUCGUUGAUCCGAAGUCGAUAGACUGUUCGGAGCUUGAUACUACGGCGAUGACGCAAGGCAGGAGCGGAGGCGAAGGGUCGGAGUUUCAACUCCCGGACGAGAUCCUGGCGGUGAUACCUACGGAUCCUUACGAGCAGCUUGACCUCGCGCGGAAGAUAACCUCCAUGGCGAUUGCGUCGCGUGUCUCCAAGCUGGAUCUAGAGUCCGUGCGUCUGAGGCAGAGCGUCGUGGAGAAGGACCGGACCAUCGCCGACCUCCAGGAAAGGCUCUCCCAGCGCGAACGCAUGUUUCAGGAGACGGAUGCCCGCCUCAAGGCUGCGCUCGAGGAGAACAUUAAACUGGCUAACGAGCGGGACUCAUUGGCGCAGACAUCAAAGAAGUUGACUCGAGAUUUAGCAAAGUUGGAGACAUUCAAGAAGCAACUCAUGCAGUCACUAAAUGAUGAGAACUUGCAUAAACAAGAAGAUCCUGUGGAAAAAAAGAAUGAUGAUUCUUCAAUUGCCCAUGCAUCUUCGUACAGAGGAACAGCAACUAAGCCAUUUGGACAGAAAACCUCCAAGACCCCACCUAUUCCUCCUCGGGUCACUCCCCCGACUGCUACACCAAAAGUAACAUCCAAUCGUGGUUCUCCUAGAAAAACUUCAGUUGCUACUUUGCCAAAAUAUGCUUCUGGUACUGCUUCUCCAACAAAUAUGCACUUUGACAGUCUAACUGCCAUGUCACCAUGGUAUCCAUCAAGCAAGCAGUCAUCAGCUGUUAGCUCUCCAACUUGCGGGCGCUCUAUUUCAGGUCAUACUCGAGUUGAUGGAAAAGAAUUCUUCCGGCAAGCUAGGAGCCGCCUCUCAUACGAACAAUUUGGAGCAUUUUUAGCUAACAUCAAAGAACUUAAUGCUCAUAGGCAAUCACGUGAGGAAACUCUCAGAAAGGCUGAAGAGAUAUUUGGAACCAAAGAUAAGGAUCUUUACUUGUCUUUUCAAGGCCUUCUCAACAGAAACCAGGCCUAGAAAUUUAAUGUGUUGUCAUCUCUCAGGUUGCAACUGUCAUCAAUAAUCUUGAAAUCAUCCACGUUACAGAAGCUGUAAAUGUUUAUGUCGUACCUAAAGCUUAGUGUCUCCCAUGAGAAACUCCAUGCCUUAUCUGCUACUACAAACCAAGAAAAGAUUUUUGCUGGGUGCGAAAAUUAGUUAUGUUGGAUGGUUUUCAAGUUCUUUGGGGGAUUAUUUGGAAUCCGCCUGAUUAUGAGGUAUCUAGCAAGAAUACUUGGUACAGUUUUGGAAAUUGUAAUAUUUAAUGUAACGACUGUAACGUAAGGUGUUCCAUCUUCUGCCUGAUGUGAUUUGCUUGGAGCAAACCAUUCGUUUGUUACGAUCAAAAUUUGCCUUUUUAAUUUCCGAGUCAGCUGUGACGA